UAGCUCCCUGUCACGGGGGUAAACUUCAUGUAACAAAACGACGCUGGACAGACAGCAGUUUGGGUGAAACCUUCCAGGAAAAUGGGUCACUGUGUUUUUCUCGUUUUAGCGGCUUUAUUCUCUGUCACAUCGACACAGUUCAUACCACCGUAUACAGAAGACUGUCGGACAGAAAUGUAUCCACCAAACGGUCCUACGUUCAGAGGAGCUGUCAGUUGGUACACAGUGGACCUGGACUUACCGCCCAGCAAGAGAUGGACAGCUCUGAUCACUGACAAAAAAACAGAUCUGGUCAACAUGAUUCAGGCCAUCAAAGACUUGGCUUAUGCUUUUGUGCCCAGUGGAAGGCUGAUAGAGCUGGUUGACAUUACACUGCCUUUGAUGGUGGACACACUUCCAAAUCCUUUCAGUGAGGAAAUCAAAGGAAUUGCCACUGUUUCAGGGAUUCCUCUGGGUGAAGUUGUCUUGUUCAACAUCUUCUAUGAGGUGUUCACUGUGUGCACAUCCAUUGUUGCAGAAGACAAUAAAGGUAACCUCUUUCAUGGCAGAAACCUGGAUUUUGGAUUAUUUUUGGGCUGGGAUGUGAAAAACAAGUCAUGGAUCAUUAGUGAGAAGCUCAAACCUCUGGUGGUCAACCUGGACUUCAAGAGAAAUAACCAGACUGUCUUCAAGUCUACAAACUUUGCUGGAUAUGUUGGCAUGCUGACUGGCAUUAAGCCUCACAUUUUCACUCUGACCAUGAAUGAGCGCUUCAGCCUCGAUGGAGGAUACAUUGGAAUCCUGGAGUGGAUCCUGGGGAAGAGAGAUGGGAUGUGGAUGAGCUUUCUCACUCGCUCUGUGCUAGAAAAUGCUCACAGCUACGAGGAGGCCAAAACCCGCCUGGCUCAGACGAAGUUGCUCGCUCCAGCCUACUUCAUCCUGGGGGGAAACCAGACAGGCCAGGGCUGCAUCAUCACCCGGUCUAGGCUGCUCAGUAUCGAUAUGUUGGAGAUUGACCUGAAGCUGGGCCGGUGGUACGUCCUGGAGACGAACUACGACCACUGGGAGGAGCCUUUGUUCCUGGACGAUCGCAGAACUCCUGGCAUGAAGUGUAUGAACCAGACCACACAGAACAACAUCUCUCUAAAGACCAUGUACGAUGUGCUCUCAACCAAACCAGUGUUAAACAAGUUGACCACAUACACAACACUGAUGCAAGUGUCAGAAGGCAAACUGGAGUCAUACAUCCGUGACUGUCCUAACCCCUGCAUGCCCUGGUGAUUCUCUAAGCACUGAACUCUGAUCAGUUUUGUAAGUGCUUAGCUGCAUACAGAAGCAGUAAGAUAACCUCAGCUGAUCUUGGGACAAAACAUUAAAUUGUUCCUGUGUUUGCACAGCCACUAAUCCCCUGAACCAAAGUUUGUCUUCCUGAUGUCAAUUUGACAUUUGUCUUCUCUUUUUCACACAGUUCAGGAAAACUUUGAAGCGUUGAUGAAAAUACUAAAUCCUACCUUUUCUGUUAUGAGGGAAAUUUGUACAAAAGUGAAUCUACCUUGUAAAUGUUUUUCCCUUUUUAUUUUUCCUGUAAUUAUACAUGGAUCUCAAUAUGGGCCUAGGGACCCCUGAGAUGAAUGCACUGGUGUAUAAUUAAAUUGAUGCAAAAUCUUA